AUGGCUCCCAAGGUCCUCAUCAUCCUCUACGACGGCGGCGAGGCUGCCCGCAACCAGCCCAAGCUCCUCGGUACCACUGAGAACCGCCUUGGCAUCGUCGUCGUGACCUCGGACAAGGAGGGUCCCAACUCUGUCUUCCGCAAGGAGAUUGUCGACACCGAGAUCCUGAUCACUACCCCCUUCCACCCGGGCUACCUCUCGAAGGAGAUCAUGGACACUGCCAAGAACCUCAAGCUCUGCGUCACUGCCGGUGUCGGCUCUGACCACAUCGACCUCGCUGCCGCCAACGAGCGCAAGAUUACCGUCGCCGAGGUCUCUGGUUCGAACGUCGUCUCCGUCGCCGAGCAGGUCGUCAUGACGAUGCUGAACCUGGUGCGCAACUUUGUGCCCGCGCACGAGCAGAUCAUCUCUGGCGGCUGGAACGUCGCCGAGAUCGCGCAGGACGCGUACGACCUCGAGGGCAAGGUGAUCGGCACCAUUGGUUGCGGCCGCAUCGGCUACCGUGUGCUGCAGCGUCUCGAGGCGUUCAACCCGAAGGAGCUCCUUUGGUUCGACUACACGGACCUGCCCGCCGACGCGGCCAAGGCGAUCAACGCGCGCCGCGUCGACACGCUCGACGAGCUGCUCAAGACCUGCGACGUCAUCACGGUCAACUGCCCGCUGCACGAGCAGACGCGCGGCCUCAUCAACGCCGACAAGCUCGCCAUGAUGAAGAAGGGCGCGUGGCUCGUCAACACGGCCCGCGGCGCCAUCUGCGACCGCAUGGCCGUCGUCAAGGCCCUCGAGUCCGGCCACCUGAACGGCUACGGAGGCGACGUCUGGGACGUCCAGCCCGCGCCCCCCGACCACCCCUGGCGCACCAUGCGCAACCCCCUCGGAUGCGGAAACGCCAUGACCGCCCACUACUCCGGCACCACCCUCGAUGCCCAGAAGCGCUACGCCGAGGGCACCAAGGACAUCGUCGACAGGUACCUCCAGGGCAAGCCCCAGAACCCCGCCAACGUCAUUGUCGAGAACGGCCAGUACGCCUCCAAGGCUUACGGACAGCGCAAGUAG